AUGUUAGGAGCAGCAAAGCGAAAAUUAGAGGAGAUAGAUGAUAUUGACUAUGACUAUAGGACCUUCACUAAAUGGCAAGACAGAGACUUCUACAAAUGGGCCUAUACUCAAUUUGACAAAGAAACAAUCGAUGCUCUGAGGAAACAUAGAGUGACCGCCGAUGUGUUCUGUGAAUACACAGAGGGCGAUCUUAAAGAACUUAGUAUCAUGUCUGGACAGAUAAAGAAGAUCAUCAGACUCAUUUCAAUCAUCAAAAAUGCAAUCAAUGAGCACACAUUGAUGAGUAAUCCAAACAUCCACACUCCCAUCAAACAGCACGAGAGCAUAUAUCGUUCAUACAAACCAGGCAAACCGACCUUACCAUUCAGCUCACUGUCAGUCGUCCCCAGAGCUCCCCACAAACUGACCUCAAACUCAACCAAUCAACAUUGUCAUCACACUA